AUGUCGAUCACUUCGUUUCUUAAAGUUUCUCUAGUGGCUGAAGUUGAUACUAACUUCAAGUGCAUUAAAUUAUUUCUCAAAGGAAUUUCAUUUGGUCGAGAUGAUUUGCGAGCACAACAUAUAUUAGACGCACUAUGUAGACAAGAUUCUACUGUGUCUAGAGAUCUCUUAUAUGCAAUCACUCCCGCUAUUAACUUAUGGCUUGGAGGGAGAUGUCUGGUGAGUUUGACAGAGUUUGCUGCAUCCGCACCCUUGACGUCGUUAUUAAAAUGUGGUGCUCAGAUACGACCAAUUGUUAUGAGUUCUAUUGAUAAGUAG